AUGACUUCUAUCCUUCGUUUGGGGAGCAAGGAUCGCUCUUCUCUUCUAUUCAAACGGCAGAGUCCCGACAAUGUGUCGGACAGUCCUUCCGAUGCUCUUGCUCUCCGCCUUCCCGAUAUUUCCCAUCUCGACACGCGAUCUUUCACUGGACUUUUUGACCAAUUCGUGAACUACGAGAACCCCGACCAGUCGCCUGAGGCGCAAGAUCGGGACCUGGUAGCACGAACUCCCAAUCCGACCAGUGCCGACAAUCUGGCCAGCUCGUCGGAGGUUGCAAAGGUUUCGGUUAACAACGUCGACCAAGCCAAAUUUAACAUCAAUAGAAAUGAUUCGACGUCGACUUGUUAUUCUCAGGCCACUCAGAGAGAGAGCGACUACUCGCCUUUGGUCACCAGGCAUUCAUCAAGCUCCAGUUAUACCCAAGAGCCUUCGUCUGCCUUGUCCAGGACUGCCUCGACGAAGAACAAGCCGCUGACAGUAACGACCAGACCUUCAAAACGGCUUUCAACCCACAUUUCUGGAUCUCGACCGACUGCCCAAAUCUCCGUGUCGAGAACCAACUCUUCGUCUAUUAUGGUCGUAUCAUUACCGCCAAAUCUUGACAAACCGCUGCCUCCUGGUCCAAGUGACGGCAACAUGGCUUCGUCAUCGGUACCUGAUUUGUUACUCCGACAGCAAACUGCCGAGCUGGCCGGUGAGCCGUUGUCCUCAUCAGAUCCUUCGUCUUCUAUCCUACCCAUUCAACGUGCUUCAACUUUCCCGGAGAGAAUGGUUUCCACGAAACGGGCUUCCGGGGGCGAGGCUGUGUCAGAAUUGCCUGCUUGGUCACCCAGAGAUAUCCGAGCAGCACGGUUGGGAAAGGCCGUCGCGCACAGCCAUCAUAGGAACCGUUCAGUCUCGGAAACCGCUGCUCCUCAACAGCAAGCCGCACUUGGGAUUGAGAGAUCCAGGCGCCAUACUGCUGAUUUCCAGAGGCUCUCUUCAAAUGGAGCAUCAUCCGCACGGCCAACAAAGCCGCGCCAGAGAAGAACGUACGCGCCGAUCACAGCGGCAACGGCCGAACGAGUCAUUUACAAAAUCAUGUGUAAUCUACAUAGCGUUCAAGACUUGCAAUCGACGGCGAUGGUUAGCAAAGGCUUCCUGCGAACUUUUCAACGCAACGAAUCGAAAUUAGUCAGUCAUCUCAUAUUCAAGACUUCACGGCCCGCUUGGGAACUUCGCCGCAGCAUCCUGGCUCUAAAAGGAUCCAAUGAAUUUGUCUUGAAAGAUUUCCGCCGAGAUAGCAGAACUCUUACCGCUCUCAAAUCAUUUAUCGUUGCCCACUGCAGCUCAAAUUGCAAACAGAGUACACUGAUUGGCCUUCUUGGUCAAGAUGAUGCACGAAAAGCGCAAAUCGAUGAUGCUUUGUGGCGAAUUUGGACGUACUGCGCACUCUUCGGUAACACGGUGGCGCAAUCAGGCCCCUCGCAAACCGAGAUCGAUUGGCUCAAUGGCAGCAAAGCCGCAAAUAACAAACAGUUGGGAGCUGGUUUCGCCAUUGGCAAUGGCAAAGGACUUACGACACAAGAACUCGAAGACAUGAACGAAAUGUGGCAUUGUCUACAGGGUCUCAUUUCGGGGUUCCAAGGUCGAGAGCAAGAGGCAAAGCAAGCUGGUGUAUUCGAUAAUUGGCAUCUUCGAGAAACCUCUUCCGAAACUCAACAUCUCGCGGAAUGGACCUCUUAUCUCCUUACACUUGGCCCGCAGGUUGUUUUGUCGUUGUCAUCUUCUUCGUUUGACCAGGCGAGGGUGCUGGGUCUGACAAAAUGGCCUGCCCCUCCGGCAGGGCACAGUCGUUCCACCUUCUUAAUAUCCGCUAUAGCACAAGUCUACCAAGAAAGAGUCCUGGAGGAGGCUACAUUGAAGGCAGCUCAGUUUUCAAUGCCUCGAGGACCAGUUCACCGGCCAACCAGAUCCUUUGAUGAGCGACAAUUGGCAUCUAUCCUUCCGCCCCGCACAAUACCCAAUCAGACACAAUCCCUUCGAAUCGACACGUCUAGCCCUCAAAGGCGACCGGUCUCGACAAAUGCACUUGCCGAUGGAAAAUUAGAGAUCCGCCCGGACUGUGACCCUGCCAGCGAUUUAAGCCGUUCUUCCAACAUGUUUCCAGCCUCACCCACGGCUGAUCCAACAGCAUUUUAUGCUCUGGGCAUGACUCCAACAGCAAGCGUCAAACUUGGGGCAACACUCUUUCCAAUGGACUAUGCUAGCCCAGCACCCCGAGUUCCAUUCCGAGCUCCUGAGCGACCAGCAGCAGCGUCAUCCGGAGCCCAGGUCGUAGAUCCUGUGGACAAAGCCAUGGCACUUUUGGUACACGAACUUGGAUUUGGUGAGAUGAGAGCGAGAAAAGCCCUGGCCAUGUGUGAUACAGGCUCUGGCAUUGAUCUACACAAAGCAAUCGAGCUGCUGGCUGUUGAUUCGAAGGAUUCUAAACACGACGUGGCCUCGCCGGUGGAACUACCUACGCCUCAAGAGAUUUCUAGUGUCAGCAAGUUGAAGAAGCAGCCCAAGGCAUAUUGUGACGGCCACUGCAAGCGAACACUGACAACCAUGCAUUCGCGAAAUAAAUCCACAGGCACGUCGACCGAUGUGUCCAUCAGCCCUGUUUCCGCAAUCGAUGAAGCAGAAUGGCAAGACACCAUCUCUCCGCUCGUCGCGUCACCAGUGCCGACACCGCGGCCAGUGGCAUCAUUAGGCCGUGGACCAAGCAAAAGUGCGAAAGCAUGGAAGGUCCUGGGGAUUGGCAAUCCGCCGAAGCGGAAGAACUCUGUGCUCAGAAUCGACGAAUAUCAGGCCAAGGUCGAACGGAGGAAGAGCAUGCGUGCCACAAAUGGAGGCACAAGUCCUGGGGUCAAAGACGGCCUAAGCAAGAAUAUUCUGGGACUUGGAAUAGGGAGCACCGCCGGGGCCAAAUCUGCGGAAGAGCAACUUGAGCGUGCUCGUGAACAGGAGAGACGCAAGAAGGAGAAGAAUCCCUCCAGCCGCAACAUGCCCAGAUAUGCAUGA